AUGAUUGGCUCACCUGGCCCUGGUGGGCGUGCCUUAGUGCCAUGGCCGAAGAUGUGGCGGGCGGUCCUGGCUGCUUCUCUGGUUGCCGUCUUAACUUUGACUCUGCCAGGAAGUAGCCAGGCCUGUCCGCCGCGCUGCGAGUGCUCGGCUCAGCUGAGGUCGGUGUCGUGUCAGCGGCGGCGGCUCACCAACAUCCCCGAAGGCAUCCCCACCGAGACACAACUCCUGGAUCUCAGCAGGAACCGACUACGAUGGGUGCAAGCUGGCGAUUUGGCACCGUACCCCCGGCUGGAGGAGGUGGAUCUCAGUGAAAACCUCAUUGCCACAUUAGAGCCCAAUUCCUUCGCAAGUCUGCCCAAUCUUAAAGUGUUGAAAUUGAGAAGCAAUCAACUCAAGUUAGUGCCCAUGGGGGCCUUUGCCAAACUUGGUAAUCUGACCAGCCUGGACCUAAGCGAGAACAAGAUUGUGAUUCUACUUGACUACACCUUCCAGGACCUCAAGAGUCUUAAACACCUGGAAGUGGGAGACAAUGACCUGGUUUAUAUUUCCCACAAGGCAUUCUCAGGGUUGCUAGGACUGGAAGAUCUCACCAUCGCUCGAUGCAACUUGACAUCCAUCUCAGGUCAGACCUUGUCUUACCUGCGGAGCCUGGUCACCCUUCGUCUCCAUCACCUCAGCAUUACGGCUCUUGAAGACCAGAACUUCAGAAAACUCUCAAACCUGAGGGGUCUAGACAUCAACCACUGGCCAUACCUGGAGUACAUCUCACCUCUUAGUUUCCAGGGUCUUGAUCUCCACUGGCUCUCCAUCACUAACACCAACAUCACCUCCGUCCCAUCUGGUUCCUUCAAAAACUUGGUGCAUCUAACCCACCUCAAUCUUUCCUACAACCCUAUCACGGCACUGGAGCCUUGGGCCUUCAAAGACUUAUUAAGGUUGAAAGAGUUCAUCAUGGUCAACACAGGGUUGGUGACGGUGGAGCCUCACGCCCUUGGAGGUCUCCGACAGCUUCGAGUUCUCAACUUCUCAUCCAAUGACCUCCAGACUUUGGAAGAGGGUUCCUUCCACUCUGUUAACAGUCUGGAGACGCUCAGAGUGGAUGGGAACCCUCUAAUGUGCGACUGCCGUCUGUUGUGGAUCCUGCAAAGGCGCAAGACCCUCAAUUUUGACGGCAGAGUGCCAGUGUGUGCAGGGCCGGUGGAGGUGCAAGGCGUCAGCCUGAGUAGCUUCACUGAUUCUGCACUCUUUGAUCAUUUUACAUGCCAGAAACCUAAAAUACGCAACCGCAAGCUUCAGCAGGUGACUGCACGUGAAGGCCAGCCAGUAAAUUUCCUGUGCCGUGCGGAAGGAGAACCAGCGCCCGCUAUCAUCUGGAUAUCCCCACAGCGUCGACGAAUCACAACUAAGAGCUCGGGCCGCAUUACCGUUCUCCCAAGUGGCACCUUAGAGAUUCGCUACGCCCAGCUUACUGACAGCGGAACGUAUAUCUGCAUAGCCAGUAACGCCGGAGGCAAUGACACAUACUUUGCUACACUCACAGUGCGCAGUCAGCCAAUGGAUGCUGCCUCAGCCUUUUUCCUCAAUCGCUCGCUGUACAGCAGCGAGUUCUUUAAUGACACAAACCUCAAUAGCACUCGGGUGUUCCUCAAAUUUACCUUGGACUUGACAACCAUCCUGGUCUCCACAGCAAUGGGUUGCAUCACAUUCCUUGGGGUGGUGCUGUUCUGUUUUCUGCUGUUGUUUGUGUGGAGUCGGGGACGAGGCCAGCGCAAGAACAACUUCACAGUGGAGUACUCUUUCCGAAAAUCGGAGCCCGCCACCGGCAGCUCUUCGGGAGGGACCAGGAAGUUUAAUAUGAAAAUGAUAUGA